AUGGCUGCCUUCAAGAGAAAACGAGGGGCUCAAGGAAACGCUCCUAAAAAAGCAAAAAAAGUUAAAUUUGAGGAGAAAGCGCCGAGUACUGAAGCCGACUCUGAAAAGACCCACGAAGUGUCUGUUCCAGCCCCUGUGUCUUUGGGAAAAUGGACCAACAAAGAGAGAGUUUUGAUUUUCUCCUCUCGUGGCGUCAACUACAGAACAAGGCAUUUGAUGCAAGAUCUUAGGACCUUAAUGCCUCAUUCAAAAGCAGAUACAAAAAUGGACAGAAAAGACAAGCUGUUUGUGAUCAACGAGGUGUGUGAAAUUAAAAACUGCAACAAAUGUCUCUUUUUUGAGGCAAAGAAAAAGCAAGAUCUUUAUUUGUGGGUUUCAAACAGUCCUCACGGGCCUUCUGCAAAAUUCCUCGUACAGAAUAUUCACACUCUGGCAGAACUCAAAAUGACCGGAAACUGUCUAAAAGGAUCUCGGCCGUUACUGUCUUUUGAUCCUAAAUUUGACAAAGAGCCCCACUAUGCGUUAUUAAAGGAGCUUUUCACACAGACGUUCUCGACCCCUCGGUACCAUCCCAAGAGCCAGCCCUUUGUCGACCACGUCAUCACGUUCACCAUCGCCGACGGCAGGAUCUGGUUUAGGAACUACCAGAUUAUUGAGGAGGAUGCUUCUCUGGUAGAAAUCGGCCCUCGCUUUGUCCUGAACAUAAUCAAGAUCUUCCAGGGAAGUUUUGGAGGACCGACCCUCUUUGAAAACGAGAACUUCCAAUCUCCAAACAUGUAUCGACGACAGCUGCGACUGGCGGCGGCAGCAAAGGUCCGCGAGAAGCAGAUGGUGAAAGAACUGCAGAAGAUGAAGAGGACGGAGGCGAAGGAGGACGUGACCAAAGACGUCACGGCGGAUGUGUUCGCGACCCCCGCUGCAGAGAAGCCGCUUCAGAUACAGACAGAGGCCCCUGAACCCAAGCCGGUCAAGAAGAACCAACAUAAGGUCUUUAAGAGGCAGAGGAUGCAAAUGGCUCGCAGAUGGACUUUUACUGACAUUUAUGUUCAGUGA